AUGUCUACCACCUUUGAUCUUCGCAACCCCGGACGCCCGAUCCACGUCGGAGUUGUCUUGUUGAACACCGUGACCGAGCACCUCGACAUAGCCCCCGUCGGCUUCUUCCACAACAUCAGCAGGGACUUCGUCAAACACCUCCCCGACGCCGUCAUAUCCGAAGAUCUCAAAACCCAAGCCCUAGACUUCACCACCCACUGGGUAACCGAAGACGGCACCACUCCUGGUGCCCUGAGCGGAAACCUCAAUGUGAUCCCAACGGACUCCUUCACCACCUGUCCCCCACUCGACAUCGUAAUCAUCGGCGCCGGUCAAAUCGGCUACCAAGCUACCGCCACAGAGAUCGACUACCUCCGCAAAUGUUAUGCAGAAUGCUCCGCGUUCCUAUCCAUUUGCGGCGCAUCUGACUCCCUCCUAGCGACUGGGAUUCUGCAAGGUAAGGUGGCGACGGGGCCGAGAUUCUCCCUGUCGUUGUUCCGACAGAUGGCGCCGGGGACGACCUGGGUGGAGAAGAGAUGGGUGCGUGAUGAGAAGAUCUGGACUACGGGGACGUUGUUGAAUGGGCUGGAUGCGGUGGCGGCGUUUGGGAGGGAGAUGUGGGGUGGAGAGGGGACUUUGGUUGAGCAUAUGAUUCGGACGGGGUACUUUCCGACGAGGAAUGUGGAUUAUGAGGAUGAGUUGUGA